AUGGACGUUAAUGGGAAAACUAUAGCCAAUGAAGCACUGGAACUGCUUGAAUCGCUCGAGCAACAGCAUCGCCAUGACUUGACACUACACCUUUACUCGGCGCACCUCCUAAAGCAGCUGCUGCGGAAAGCGCACAAGAAGAAGCGAGCUUUAGAAGCCGAAGUUUACAUCAAGACCAUGAUCAAGGAUAACUGGACGAGCUGGCCCUCUCCGAACACCGUGAUCGAUCCGCAUACGGACUGCGUAUACGAGGAUGAGGAGCUAUGGGGAAGCCGAGAAGAGGCUCCACAGAUGCCUGAGCGAGGGGAGAUCAGUGAGCGUGCGUUGAAGCACGCGAUGCGCAUGAUGCGAGUGGAAUUGGACUCUGUGUGGCAGCGACAACUCACACAGAGCGCGGCCCUAGUGCACCAGCUAGGCCAAGGGAACGUGUCACUGGACGUGAACAAGAUGGCGAUGCCACUCGAGCUGGUGAACCAUAUCUUCGCUCGACUGGACGCGUUUGCGCAGGGCCUAAAUGUGAACUUUGCCAAGCAGGUGAAGGUGGAGCUUGCCACACAGCCGAGUAUGCCACAGCUCUCGCUGAAGACAGGCACCUCUGAUCAGCGAGGCUCAUCCUCGGGGGCGAGCUCUACGAAUUCAAGAAGAAAGGCGCACUUGGACUACCGGGACCUGAUCGUGCGGGGGUGCGAGAUGAAACUGGAUAUGUCAAACGUAUAUAUAAAGUGCCUCUUCUUAUUCGAAGGUCUCGUAAGUCGCUAUAAUGUGAAGGACUUUAAGAUUCCGAAGGAGGUGUUAAAGAAAUAUGUGCCCCAGAGGCAGGCAGAAGUUGUGCCGCGCCCAGUAAAAAAUCUGCAGAAGGAGUUCUGGGAGUUGGAAGCGCUCACAAGGGAUCGGAACUUGACCUUUGAUGUGCGACAAGCACUGCGUCAGAUGUGCCUGAGAAACGGGUUUUCCCGUGAUAAAAAGACUUUCAUGAUGGUACAGGAGAUCAACACCCAAAGGCAGAAGGCGCUAGGUGUCGACCGGAGGCCGCAUAAGCGUCAUAAAGGAACUACACAGGAUUCGGCGCUCACAGACGGUGGAGAAGAGGCCGAUGAUGAACUUUAUGGAUUAGCAGACUGCUUGAUCAAGUAA